AGACUGCUUACACAUCUCGCAAAGUGUUGUAUCAUCCACCUGUAGCCAGUGGUGUCUAGACUCCGUCGAGAUUUCUUCUAACCGUACUCGCCCACAACAUUUCCCAUCCUUCUUACAAUCUCACAUCAUCAUGGACACGACAAGCAGGGAAUACGCAAUCCAGCAAGAUUCCCAAGACCCUCUGCGCAGAUUCCGAGAUCAGUUUGUCAUCCCCACCAAAGGCGACUUGGCCCGCAAAACCAUCAAGCGCAAUGCAUCAGAAGACGAGCGACCAUCCAUCUACUUCUGCGGCAACUCCCUAGGCCUGCAGCCCAAACUCACCAGAUCUUACUUCGAGCAAUACCUCAGCACCUGGGCAAGCAAAGGCGUCUACGGCCAUUUCAAGGAAAUCGGCGACACCGAUCUCGCGGCAUGGCUGAAUGUCGACGCCGACCUGCAAGCCGACAUGGCGAACAUUGUCGGCGCGAAGACGAGUGAGGUGACUGUGAUGCAGACGCUGACGGCGAAUUUGCAUUUCAUGAUGGCCAGCUUCUAUCGCCCCACCCAGGAGAGGUGGAAGAUCAUCCUCGAAGGCCAUGCGUUUCCUUCUGAUCACUUUGCCGUGGAAUCUCAGAUCCAGCUACACAAUCUGAGCAUCAAAGACUCCAUGGUUCUCAUCGAGCCCCCAUCCAAAGACUCUCCGUUAAUACCCACCGAGCACAUCCUGUCAAUCAUCGACCAGCACGCCUCGGAAACCGCUCUGCUGCUCCUCCCAGGCAUCCAAUACUACUCCGGCCAAUUCCUCGACAUGCCCAAAAUCACCGCUUACGCCCAAAGCAAGGGCAUCGUCGUGGGCUGGGAUCUUGCUCACGCUGCAGGCAAUGUUCCCACGCGACUCCACGACUGGAAUGUCGAUUUCGCCGUCUGGUGCACCUACAAAUAUCUGAACUGCGGCCCAGGCUCCAUCGGUGGGUGCUUUGUACACGAGAAGCAUUGCCAAGUGACGGAGUUGAAUGGGGCGGGUGCUGGAAGCCAUUCGAAGUUGGGCUACCGGCCACGUCUGGCUGGUUGGUGGGGUUCAUCGAAGACCUCGCGCUUCGACAUGGACAAUGUCUUCGAGCCCAUCCCUGGCGCCGCGGGUUUCCAGGUCAGCAAUACUUCCGUCGCCGACACUACGGCCGUGCGUGCGAGCUUGGAUGUCUACAAGCAAACGUCGAUUGUCGAGCUACGGGAGAAGAGUCUCAAAUUGACCAAGUAUCUGGAGGACAUGCUCGAUUUGUUGGCUGUGGAGCAGGAGAAGACCAUCGGACGCUGCUUUAGCAUCAUCACCCCACGUAACCCGGCAGAGCGCGGCGCGCAACUGAGUGUCCUGCUCAAGCAUGGCUUUCUAGAUUCGGUGAUGGAGAGUCUCGAGGAGGCAGGCGUUGUACUGGAUGAGCGACGGCCAGACGUCAUUCGAGUGGCGCCAGCCCCGCUGUACAACUCGUGGACGGAUGUUUUCGAUUUCAUCGAGAUCCUCCGACAGGCGUGCAGCAAGGCUGUCAAGACUGCACCAGGAACGUCGCAUAGCGUCAUGGUGGACGGUGGUAAAGAUUCGAAAGGCUGGAGCGAGAUCAAGUAAAUGGUUGGUGAGACAUAACCGCCAAUGGAGCAUAGCAUUCUCAAGGAGGCCAGGUUCUUCCUUCAUCGGACAUUGUUCGAAUGGUAUCUGCAGUCGGGUCUGUGUGCCGUGUUGCUCCAUUGCUGAAUUCCAUCCCAAGAGGCGAGGCACUCCCAACAAAAUUCAUAUCCGCAUCGAGUGCAACGCAC